ACCAUACCGCAGAGCAAGAUGGCGGCCUCCAUGAAAAAGAAAUGAUAAACGUUUUGUAAUCUUAGAAUGGCCACAAAAAGAAGUCACAUAGAUAUAGACCCUGAUUAUGAAGAUGUAACAAAGGCCCAGACUAAGAGGCAAAAAGUUCUAGAAGAGGAUGCCAAGGAGUCUACCAGGAAGAAAAUUGAGAUGAUAGUUAGGAAACAAUUCCACCAAGAGUUUAAGAACAAAGAGAAGGAAUUGGACUGUAUUGACCAGAGCCUGAGACAUAGCCAGAUGAUGGCCGACAGACUACGGGCCUGUAUUAUUGCCAAUUACUAUGGAGCAAGCCAACAAAAAUUUGUUAAGGGUGAGUCUCAGCAAGCUGUUCCCAUUCACCCCACGGUCCGCGACACGCUGGGUAAACGCCCCCUCAAUACCAUCAUCAAAGUGGAACCAAAGACGGAAAUCGACGCCACAGAGAGACUGAUGAUGAAACAGGAGCCAUUGGAAGAAAAAGAGACAAAAGAAACCAGUUUUAUCAAAGAGGAGCCAUCUUUCAAUGAAAUAACAAGUCGAUCAGAUCGAUUUAAAGUUAAAAAGAGGAUAGUUAUUGGAAAUGUUUCAAAGUACAUCCCAGUAGACAGAAGAGAUGAAAAUGACCAGUCUACACACAAAUGGAUGGUCUAUGUCCGGGGUCCCAAAGGGGAACCUAAUGUUGACCACUUUGUGAAGAAAGUCUGGUUCUUCUUACACCCAAGUUACAGGCCCAAUGACUUGGUGGAAGUUUCGCAGGCCCCUUUCCACCUGACCAGGCGUGGGUGGGGGGAAUUCCCUGUUAGAGUUCAGCUGUACUUCAAGGACUCGAGGAACAAGAAAGUGGACGUUAUCCACCAACUGAAGCUUGACAGAACGUACACAGGUCUACAGACACUAGGAUCUGAAACGGUGAUAGAUGUUGAAUUGGAGAAAGAAAUUGAAGUAAAGCCAGUGGUGAAAACUUUCAAUGGACCACCUGUCAACCAGAUAGACAUGGAGACAAACAUAACAAUACCAGAAUUUAUGUCUCCAAUAAAAAAAGAAAUCAAGCAGGAAAAAUUAUCACCAAAGUCAACAAAUUCAAGGACACCAAAUAAGAAUCUCAGUACAUCUCAGAGUAACUCAACAGAUGUCUCCAAAUUUUCCCCAAAUAAUAAACAAUCCAAUAUGACCUUGACCUUAGGAACUCUAGGAUCCUUGACCUCUCGCAGCAUAAAUAAGACAGGAGCAGCAGAGGGCGAACAGACUGGAACCCCUAUCAAUGGCUUGAAGCAGAAAUUGAGUCAGGGUACCAGUUCUUCCAGUGGUUCAGAUGGUACUGUCUCAAAGCAUUCUUCAGAGCUGCAGAAAAUUUUGCUUCAAAGCACACCUUCUUCUUUAGCAAACAGUUCCCAAGCCCCGCAAGGCAAAGUGACACAGGUUGUGCAGUCAGUUAAAGGAAUACAGAAAGAUAAUUCAAGUACUGUGAUACCUGUUAAUUCAGGCAAAGUGAAUUCUCAGAACACAAAAUCUCCACAGAAGUGUGUUGUUUCACAAGGGGGUCAGCCUUCUUCAGUUGGUCAGGUUUCCCUACCACCCACACACCUGCCUUCUGGGUCACUGGCCACACCUGCUCAGACUUUGUAUAUUCGCUGCAAAGACAACCAGGGAAAUAUAUUUCUUGUGCCUCAUCAUCUGUUGAAAACUGUUCCUGGCACUCCCACAACGAGUCCAUCAGUUCAUUCUCAAAUUUCCAAGGGAACUGUUCCAAGUCCCAAAACAACUCCUACUAAGGCAACUCCUCAGAAACAAAGCAAUGUGAUUCUAACAGAAAACCCCACCAAAGUUGUCUCAUCUAGUCCUGCUAAACCCCUUACGUCUAAUACAACAGUUCAGCCCAUUCUUGUGAGUCAGGCAACCUCUCAGCUGUCUUUAGGAGCAAAAGCAGUGUUUCAGAAACCUCCCAUGCAAAAUUCUCCACUUCUCAUUCGGUCUUCAGUGCCAGUGACAAAAAGCAAUAUAGCUCCAGCUUCAUCACUUCCUAGUCCUGUGUUGUUAAUUAAAACUGAGGUCAGCCCAGCGAGGCCAGCACUAACAGCUGGUCAGCCGAUCAAAACGCUGGACAAAAAUGAAAAAGAAGUGCAGCAGCCAAGUCAGUUACAACUUCAUUUACAGGGACAGAUUUCUCAGAACCAGCUUAAGGUGACAAGUCAAGGAUUGAAAUCUGUGCAGCCAGCUGGUAAAAGCAAAGUCUCCAAACAAAUGGAAACUGUGACUCUCAUCCAAAAAUCUGACUCGAAUUUGGAAAACAAAAUUCCUAGCAAGACUUGUCAGCUAGCCUCUUUACUAAAAGGGGAUAUAUCUGCUGCUCAUAGAAACGCAGUCAAACAAGUGUCUUUGGUGACCGGUGUGAACACUACUUCCGCACAAGUGUUGGCAAGUCAAAACACUUCCCAAAAUAUUUUAGUUCAGAAAACAGUGGUCCCUUCCAAGGAUACUUCCAACUCCAAUGGAGGUAUGAGAAUAGUAAAAAACUCUGGAGAUGCUUCCGUCUCUGGUGAUCAGGCUGUCAAGGUACAGCAGACUUCAGUGGGCAUGCUUCCUCAAGCUAUUCCUAUUUCAGCACCGUCAAAAACUAUGCACUCAGUCAUUCUUAUUAAUCAGGACAUCAGCAAAGUGCCUGUAAAUGCUCAUCCGUCUAGAACAAUCAACCACAGUGUGUCAGCUCAGUGUACUGAGACUGUGAUGCUUUCUUCCUCUGUCAGAUAUUCCUCUGUACCCAGCUCUUCUGCCACAACCCUUGCAACUGCUCCUGCAAAUACUGCAAAGCAACAAACAGUAAGACCAGGAGAUAGUCUCUCAGGGUUUGCUACAGGGAGCAAGGAACCUAUGAAGACUGUGAUAGCCAAGAUCGGAACCCAGACUUUGCUUCUACAGUUACCUGUGUCUGAUUCAGGGACCGUGAACAAAUCUGUUGACCCUCCAAAGGCUAGUAAACCUCCUGUCAGAAAGGUGGAAGUGCCAUCCAAUGCUGCACUGAUAGAGACUCUGAAGAAACAAGCAGCAGAGAAGGAGGCCCAAAUGAGGGCAGCGGCCAGGAUGUCCUACAUGGAGAGAAAGCUUGGGGUACCUGUCAGAGUGGACUCAAAGGAUGAAAAAAGAAUUCACAAGUGGAAGAAGAAGACACCUCCGGAGGAGAAGAUGCUGGGCUUGUCGAGGUAUCAGGAGGAAGACCUGGGGCCUGUUAAAGCUGUGGAUCCUCUGCGAGUUGAAAAUUACCCUGAUGUUCAGUCUUUGAUUCGCGCUGCCAUUAAGAGGCAUCCCAUUGUGUCCUUUACAGCAAAUAUUCACCAGCAUCCAUAUUGUGCCCGCACAAAUGAGCAAUGGUUGGGUUGGAAUGUUGGCAAGAGAAGAGCUUCUGAGUGGCAAAGAGCAGUAGCAUGUCAGAAAUAUUUGAAGAAUCUGUUGAAUGGAAACCAGUUUAAAGGGAACCAGUUGUGGACUGUAAAGCAAAUAGUUUGCUGGAGCCGUCUGCAUGCUUAUAGUCCACAUUAUCUCGAGAAGACACUUCAUCCGACAGGGGUAGAUUUUCCGCUUAAGGAUAUACGGACAGGAAAUGGAUUCUCUUCGGCCACGGACAGCUAUGACACGGUGUCCACGGUGGAUCAGAUCAACAGGAAGUUACAGAGAGAGAGCUGCUCCGACGAUGAGGUGGAUAUAGUGUCCACAGAACCCCCCGUUCGGAAAAUCAAAGAGGAACCCAAGGUGGAGAAAGAGCCCCCUGACAACCCAGUGAUGCUUCCCCCCUCUGAUGAAGCUCAGUUUGUGCAUGAUCUUACUCAAAAGAUUGGAGUUAAAUUUGAUCCUGCUCCUGUGGUGGAUGAUGUCCAUGGGUCAGUUUCAGAAGAAAUGAUAUUUAAGACAAUGCUGAGCUUCGUGGAGGACAUAAUGACAGAGACAUUCUCCAUCAAAGUUAACAUGGGCAGGUAUCCAGAUGGAAUCGGGGUGGUGGAUGUUUAUAGGGCCCUGUCUAGACUACCACAGGCCGACUUCCUAACGAACAAACGUCUUGGUAUAAAGGACGUCACCAGAUGACACAGGAAAGGCCAGUGACGUACGCUCGUUGUGUUAUAGAGGUUAUAGAAAACUGUUGUUACCUGUAUAAAUUGCUGAGCAUGAUCAAAGAAUGGUUUAUGAAAUCUUUAUUUUUUGAAAGGUUGACCUAGAUAUAGCACAUUUUGUUGUGCAGUGUUUUGAAAAAGGAGUCGGGUUUAUUAUUAGGAAAACAUUUACCGGUAUUCGUUUUGCUUUGCAAACAUUCAUCUAUGAGCAUUAUAUACCGAUUUUUACCUUAGUAUUUAUUACAUGUACCGGUAUUAUAAAAGUCAAUAUUUUUUGCAAAAAUUGAAUUAUUACACUGUAGGAAUUAUUAUGAAUUAAUUUCCUGUUGGACAGGUAAUAUACAAGAUUUUGCUUUUGUUUGCAGUAAAAAUAAUUUUUUGAAAGUUUUCCUGUAAUUUGAUACAAAUUCUUAUUGAAUAGGUAAUAUAUAAGUAUUGUUAAAGUGCCCAAAUUUACAGGAGCAGAAAUUUUUUUGAUGUUAAAAAAUACCUUUUUUAUUGAAAUGAAACCACAAAAAAUAUGUUGAUGAUUAGAAUUAUCGAAAUAUAAAACGAAAAUACUUUGUAAUAGCUAUUGAAAUACUGUUACAUGUAUUUAUAUAGAUUUUAUAUUUAUGUGUUUAUUGAUCAAACAUGUACAUUGUUAUCAAAUUUGACUUCACCAAGUAGUAAAUAAAAUUUAUCAGAACUGAACAGGCAUUAUUA